CCGCUUUGACUGGUCUGCUUUCGCGCCACGUAGACAAUAGCGUAGUUUCAUGUAUAUGUAGUCAUUAUCGUUGUUGCUCGUAAAAAGACGGUGCUUGUAGACACCAACUUCGUUGUGCAGUGAUCAGUGUGUGCCCGUGUGUAUGUGGCUGUCAUCACCUUCCACAGUGCGUGCAAAAAGUGUGAAACAAACUCUCGUGGAUUGGAGCUUGAUCGCUUUUAACACUGCUUGGCCACUGUGCUGGUCGGACUACUGCAGCGUGCGCAAAGUGUGGACUAAGCUAUAGAGAACCGGAUGUGGCUACUGAAUGUGGUAGGCAACACUGGUGAGAAAAGAACUUACUUGUGACGCCAUGGCAUGCACGGUACGCAGCGGAAUGCCUAAACUACUACUUCGACGUCACUACUAGGUGUUAUCAACUGUGCUAAUCCCCCGGAACUUGUACCGCUUUGUAUCUGACAGCUAUAGGUCACCUCACCUCUGUAACACAUCUACGCUUACACGUUCAGGCCCUUACGCCUAACCUAUACUCAAGACAGCCCUCAGAUUCAAACUCGCUCAGGAGAGAAAGUCGUCGCAGCACCAAUGUAGCAAGAUGCGACCAUCCGACCGGAACACGUGACUUCUAUGUAGCAGCCCCGCACCGAGCAGUAGAAAGACCCCCGACGACCCACCCUCGACCUUCGCAAGAACGACUGGCAUGAACCUUGACCGAGGCGUCGACUGCUACCCUUCCGACGCGGUCCACUCCCCCUCCCGGGACGAGACGUCGCCGCAACACACGUCCGACGCCCUGGGCGGCGCUGGCUCGGGAGAUGAAGACCCUCUAUCCUGCCACGCAGAUCCCGGCCGCGAGGAACCGCGUGCAAAGAAGAGACGGAAACAGAGCAACCCAGUGCGGUACCACACGUCACCCCUUGCAGACGGCUCCGACGACAUGGUGGCACCGGUCCAGACGAAUGUUGUCGGAGUAGAGGACCUUCCGGACGAUGUCCCGCUCACGUCUCCAGGGGACGUCGACACCGGCGCGCUGAACCUCGAAAGUAAAAGACGACGACGAGACGAACCAAACGGAGAACUCGAAGGAGGGCAAAGAUGUCAUCACUGCAACGUCAUUUUCGCCACGGAAGACCAACUAAGGAUGCACAUAGAAGAGGAACACGUACAGAAGCUUCUGGAGAAGCAGCUACAGCAGCAACAGGCUGGGUACCACAGGGCGUACGGAGACUUAUCCAAGGACAGGGAUAGUUCGAAAGGAGCACUAGAUAGUCAAAACCAGGCGUACUUGGAGCGAAAGCCUCCGUCCAGCGAACAGGACUUUGCUAAGAACCACCCUUUUCCAUUUCCCACAAUGCCGCCGCUUAUCCCAAUAUCUCAGAGCGGAGGUGAAGCUAAACCUGGAAGCCUCCCUGUGCCGUUGAGCAUGUUUCCCAACCCGAUGGCCCCGUUUCUUUUUCCCGUGCUUCAGCAGGGCCAAAACGCUCAGCCGCCCAUGACAAACGGUAGCGCUACGCCAGGCGGAGGAAAUAUGCGUAUUUUCAAUCCAGAAGCGUUCUGUGAGCUGUGCAACAAGGAAUUCUGCAACAAGUACUUCCUAAAGACUCACAAGGCCAACAAGCACGGCAUCUACUCCGUUGAGUCCUUGGUAAGUUCUCCGUACGGCCCUAGCUUCUUUUCGCCUAGCCUCAGCAACACGUUGUCCAUGCAUCAAAUGCUGCAGAAUCCCAUGUCAGACCCAUCCAUGGCACCUAGGCAGGGCAUCAUCAACAUGGAGUCCUUUUGUGAGAUCUGCCAGAAGGAGUUUUGCAACAAAUACUUCCUCAAGAAGCACAAGCAGAAAAUCCACGGCAUCGUCGACCCAUCGUCCCAGCAGAACAGUGCAUCUUCCGUCGCUGCGUCAACAGCAAACACGGAGAACUCCAGCGACAGGAAGGUCAACACAUCGCCGCAGCACGUGGGUUCGUCGAGUGAGUCCCAGCCAUCCAACCAAUCCGACAAGAACGGUGGACAGUCAGGGGAACAGCUGCAGCAACAGCAGCAGCAGCCGCCGCCGCAUCCCGACACGUUCCGCAUGGACUUUCCUAGCGUAUUCCCCGGAGCGAACGGCAAGUUCAGCAUGUCGAGCCUGACGCCACCGACGGGCACUAUCGUUACUUCCGCUUCCGGUAACUCGCCUAUCAUCAGUUCUUCCAUCAGCAGUGAUCCAAAGUCGGCGCCUUCAUUCUACAAUCAGAACUCGUCUGGGAGCGACAGUGGCUCGGUUUUUACUCCAGAGAAACUCAGAGAAAUGGGUGUCAUAAAUGCUGAAGCCUUCUGCGAGAUCUGUUGCAAAGAGUUCUGCAACAAGUACUUCCUGAGGACACACAAACAGAACAAGCACGGCAUCCCAGCCAUAGACUCUCCGCAGAAGAACCUCCAAACGAGCCAAAGCCUACCGUCUUCCCAGCAUUUCCAGUUGAUGUCGCCUUCGAUGGUACCACCAGUCAGCAUGUCCCAGGACGCCCCGGAGAACCUAUCAACCCCCUCGAGGGGCAGCAUAGGCAGGACGAGUCCAGAGUCCGUAGCCGCCAUGCGGUCUUCGUUCUCGAGCGACUUCGAACCCACGACAGAUCUCACGUGCGAGAUUUGCAAUCGGCCCUUCUCGAGCCAAUACCUGCUCAAGAUGCACAAGUUCUACACCCACAACAUUCCGUAUGUUAAGGAGGAAGACGAUGAGUCGAAACCUCCUUCGCCCAACGUGAGCAACAUCAAUCAAAACAUGAAUCAAAAUAAAGAAAAUCAAAAUAAUGACCAUAAAGGUUCCCGUCAAACGGAGGGAGGUAACCACUCGGAAGACGCGGCGAGUCAAGACCUCCAGAAGCUGCAAAGCAUGAUAAGAGAUCUCACCGCCUCCAUCGCCAGCGAGAGCAAGGUGACGUGUAAUGUCUGCAGAGCAGAAUUCGACAACAAGUAUUUUCUACGUGCACAUAUGAUGAAUGAGCACGGAGUGCUUCUAAACGAAGACGGCACUAGUCUUACACCAGGGAGUGACAGUUCAACGAACCAACAGAGCCGCGUACCAUCUGACAUGCCUCCGCCUCCGUUUUCGGCAGUGGCGUUUCCGUCGCCGGUUUUUGACUCUGAAGCAUACUGCGAGAUCUGCCAGAAAGAAUUCUGUAGCAAAUAUUUCUUGAAAACACACAAGCAGAACAUCCAUGGGAUCGCCACGGACGGAGACGGUGCGCCUUUGAAGAAAGACGAUCCUGGAGCCCUAAAGAAUGUGGGGAAAGCUAUGGUGCCGUUCGUUACCUCUGUCAAUUCACAGAUGAACUCGCUGCAGCCUCCUCCGCUAUCGCAACUACCGUUGCCGCAGUCGCAAGGAUCUGAAAAGUCUAGAAGCCUAGUCACUGGUCGCAACUACUGCAACAUCUGCAAUAAGGAGCUCUGCAACAAGUACUUUAUGAAGACUCAUAUGUUGAAGAUGCACGGCAUCAACCUGGACGAGCACCCAGCCGACGCCGCCCGAAACAGCAUCAUCGGCGGCGUUACCUGCGAGAUCUGCCAGAAAGAGCUGUGCAGCAAAUACUUCCUCAAGGUACACAAGCAGAACACGCAUGGCAUCCUCGAAGACUCUGGGAAAGAGAACUCCAAUCACAGUUCCUCUGCGGGCGACCAGAAAACCGACAUCACCUCAUCGUUCCAGCCUGGAGAAGUGGGCGAGAGCAACCGAGGCUUCAACCACUACACCGAGAUCUGCCCGCUUUGUGACCGGCGCUUUAAGAGCAUCAAAUGGCUCAAGACCCACAUGGUGAACGACCACAGCGACAUGCUCAAAGAGAACGUCUAUGGCCGCGUUGUGGGCGGCGGCGCGGCGGACAGCGCGCUCAGCCCCGGGGCAGCUAAGCUGUGCAUCAUCUGUGGCCAGGGGUUUCCGGACAAGGUAGCCCUUCAAAUUCACCUAAUCAAAGACCACCGCACCACGAGUGAGGAGUUGGGGCUCAUGAACAACAGCUCGUCCGACCCGCUCGCAGCGCUGGCCCAGGAGUCGGUGAAGAUGAACGGCACCGCGGAGCGGACACCGCCUGUCUUCAAGCGUCCCUCGACUGGAGGCAGCGGCGGCGGGACCCGCAUUUACCACUGCUCCUACUGCGUCUAUUCUACGCGAUGGCUGUCCAACCUGUACGCGCACGAAAAGAGGCAUACGGGAGUCAACCUCGAAGGAGAGAAGCGUUUCGUCUGUCGCGUUUGCCACCGCGCCUAUCGCUACAACCACUCGCUGCAGCGCCAUCUACUCAACCACCGGGCUGCCGGCUUGUCCAUGUCCUCACUGUCCAACCUAGCCGCCGUCCGUGUAGCAAAGCCACAACAGCAAGAUCAUCCGCAGGACCUUUCCUCGCCACCUGACAAGCCGACGACGCAACCUCCGACUCCGACAACCAAAGUGAAACGCUACCGCUGUAGCAAAUGCAACAAGAAGUUCCUUAGCAGGGAGCUGUGUUUGUCACACAUCUACACGGUCCACGACGCCAAGCGUCCACUGAAACCUGGUCGACCUUUCCGAUGUCGGAUCUGCGGUUUUACCACGCGGGCUUGGAACAUCCUCAAGAGACAUAUCAUGAAGCAACAUUCGGAGGAAAUGGCCGAGGACAAGAACGCGGGCAGUCAGUCCGAAACAACCACCUCCGUCACGCCCGACGAUGAAGCCACCAAGCCGGCGAGAACGCCGACGCCGACCAAGAGUAGCGGCUCGUUGCCCAUGACGUACGCCAUGCCGCAGAGCCCUCCUCAGGCGGGGACGUUCAUCAUGCAGCCGUUCUUGAUCGCGCAGCCCGAGACGGAAGACUCGAAAAACGACACCUUCGUCCCAUCCCUCGUCUACCUGCCAGUGUGCCAGAAGGUCUCGCAGCCCAUGACUGUUGCGUUCACGCUGACGCCCGCUUGAGGCUUCUUUUUUGUAACCCUCCAAGAAGAAAGAACAGAGAUCCUCGGUGACAGCGCAGCCAUGGAGGUUUUGAUCGAGUCUUCAAAGUAGUAUCGAAUCAAAACAAAACUUCCUCCCCCCAAAACAAACAAACGUGCAAUUUUUUCGUCCCAAUUUCCUCGCUCAGGCGAGGAAAUGCGAAACAACACCAAGAGAAAGGAGCUUCUACAAAACGACAUCAUAUCAAGAUAAGGAUGCGCGCCGUUUUUCUUAAUUUGUUGCUCCGUUGUGUGCAUCACCCCUCUGGACAGCGGGUUCAUGUCCUUGUUGAGCAAAAGGACCUCGGGCGCGCGCCCGCGUGUGGAUGCAAGCGACAACUUUUAACGGGCCGUGCCCUCGAGGUUUCCUCAGGUCUUCGUCGGAUUUCUACUGCUACAGUCUUCUUCCCUUGAGGACUCUGGUGUCCGGGAGACCUACCGCUCAGGGGUCGUCUGAACAAAGUACAAUCAGCGAGCAAGAAAAAAAGAGGUCUUCGUUGACUGCAAGAAACGUCGCGUCGUCUGCUACUGCAACUACUGCUUCCAGUGAAACAGUGAUCGGAUUAAUAGUAUUUUGUUUUUUCGAACCUGUGGUGUGGCAACACGUUCGCCACGUGUAUUCAGGUCAGUGGAUCGUUCCUUUCAAUGCAACCCAAGCUCUUCCAAAACGGAGAGGAAAUCGUCUCAGCUUUUAUACCAUGCAUAGUGGAGCCGUCGAAAGUUAUAGAUGACUCAAAAAAAUAAAAAUAGAAAAUAUCACGGUAGUUGGAGCAAAAAUAAUAUAAAAGAAAUCAUUCCAGUUCGCUUCUAUUCGAUGAGUUUCGAUCUGGUGUUGAGAUUACGAUAGCAAUCUUGGUAAAAGCUGGGUCAAGUUCCCCUCUGUAAAACGCUAGAGCCUUGUUCCAAGCACGGACUUUGGAAUGAAUGCCGAUUUCACGUGUUUUGUGUAUUUGGGAGCGCAAAAUCAAAAGGUUUCCCCCCUUUUUCCAGUUGGGUUACGAACUGCAGAAUGUGAAAGCGUUGAGUAUUUAUUACACAGUUUAUUUUGUACACUAUAUCGAGUCACCCAUAUUCCGUUUUGUACUUUUCACACACGCGUCAUUCCCAUUGCUUUCUUCUUCCUUCUUCUUCGAGGCUUUCUUUUUUCGCCUAUACCACUGUACAGGCUCGAAACGGGAGCUGAACCAGCUCUGUUUCCCGAAGUAUAUAUUCAGCGUAGCGAUUGGAAUAUUAUUGUACCAUUAGUGAUGGAAUAUUAUUAAAUAUCAAGUCAGAACGGUGCAAUAUAGGUAAUGAGAAGUAACGACGCCUAGUCAGUGUUUAACUGUUAUUGGCAUUGAACGAAUAAUCUCGUACGGCUUUUGGAACCUCAUUCUGACGAGUAUAAUUCGGAUUGCCGAUACAUUGGCGUGAUUUUGAGUUGAACUGAAUUAGAGCUGAAUUGAACUCUGACAGAACCAAGCUAAAUCUUUAAGGAAUUAAUUAGAAAAAAAGCUUACUACUACGACCCGAUUUGCACUUCAGAAGCCGUACAAGAAAUGAAAUCCAGCGAAAUCGGUACAAAUCUCGCGGUAUAAAAAAGAAAAGCUUGCUUUCUUUAUUAAGAAAGUCUGAGAUAACCGACUGAUGACCAUGAAACAAUCAAAAUCACCACAUCUUUAGAAUGGGUUAGAGCAGUCAAUUGAUUCUCUUUCUGUUUCUAGCUUGUUACUUCUGCAAUAUGUGCGUGAAACUUUACAAAAUCAAAAUGCUGCACAUACGUCUCACAGGCAUAGUAGAUCGUUAUCAAUUUAGCCGAGAAUUUAGAAAGCAUAACAGUGCAUGAAAACCUCCCGCGAUUAUUGUGUGCUGAGCAUAUGUAUACUUUGUUCCUAUCCACUUGAUGACAAUGUCAUUGCCUCUGCAUGCUAUUGGAAUGGCCUUUAUGUCAUUAAGACCCUGUGUUGUGAAGCCAUCUUGGAAUGCUGUAUCCAGACACUGCACACAGGUUGCAGUGUUUGGAGCGGAGAAUGUUGUGUUUCUUGCUAGUCUUGUUCGGUGAAUAUGAUACGGUGACAUUGCAAAGCACAGUGGCACGCUCGACGCUUUUAUUAGUGAACAUUACGAUGAGCAUCCUCGUAUCGCUUUAGCGGUAACGAACUUUUAUCCGAAGCGAUAACAGGGCUCCGUUGCUGAUGUAUCUGAUGAUCGCUGAUAGCAUUUUACGUGGUGUGCUGGACUCAACAAAACCUCCUUUAUCCCAAAUCACAAGCAUUGCGAUGGUACGAAGCGAGGAAAAAUCAUCACUGGGGAACUUCACGACCAGUACUCAAACAGACGCGUAAAAAAACAAAGUCUUUACAGAAAAGAGCACAAAAACCAGGGCUGGGGACUUGGGAGAGCCCGGCUUAGUCAGUUUCGCUGCAAUAUUAUUCUCUUCCCAUGCAGAGUCGCUUAAAAAAUGCUCUCGCUCUUUUCCUAAUCCCGAUCGUGCAGAAGAUAAACUCUAAUAGCUUUCAAUGGACAUUACCCGGGGAAGGGGGGGGGGGGGGGGGGGUCGGUGUUCCUAGUAGCGCUGAAUAUAGAGGAACGGCUAUAAAAAGAAUCCUCGAUGAGUUGAAAAUUCUACAGCAUCGCUAGCAGAUUCCCCCAGCGAGAACCCUCCGAGCUCGCGCGGCGCAGUGCCCCAGCGGACCUGAAAGUACAAUGCGCCCGUGGAUAUCUGACCCCCUUUCUCGCUUUAAAUUACAGUGUGUGGAGAGGUAUCCCAAUCGGCGAAAGCAUUUGUGAUCGAAUUUGAACAUAAAAAAGAGAGAGAGCGCUCACUGCCCCUGCACAAAGCACCGUAAAAAGACACACCGUAACAAAAGAAAGGACGAGGGGUGCGGAUUGGGAUUGUCACUAAAGAACAUUAGGAAUAUUGAGAAAAAAAAGAAUAAAAGAAGAAAUUUGCUCGCACCACUCUGCCGUGGUCUUUGAAAUUUUGCCGCCUGCGGAAAUUCGCUCCUGGGGCUCCGUAUUUGCCGAUCGGCGCACGUGUUUUCGUCGCAACCUGCUUGCACCACGCCGACUUCUACUGCAUAAACAAGCAGAUCAAUUCUAUGUCAAUUCUAUAGCUUAGAUUCUACAAAGUGAAAAGCACUAAAAUGAAAGGCAGCUUGCUCAGCAUCAAAGCAGCCGACUGCAGCUGCUCUCUAACUUUUCUUGAAAGGCGCGCGAUAUUUUUCAAUUAAUACUCGCGUGCAGCCAAGCCAAGAGAUGUAUGACUAUAGCAGUGAUAGCUUUUCUUUUUCUUUUUUCUACUUGUCGUUCUUUUCUCUUUUUUUUUUCUCGAACGUUUCUGAACACGUUCAAUUACAAGGGCUGUACAUCAUUCGGGCAUAAAGCGCUCUGAAUCGAAAAUGGAAGUUUAACAAAUGCUAAAUUAACUGCGUCAAAGCACCAUCACCGUUGCUGUCACGCAGCCGUCGCUUUGAAUUACGACGUGUCGCGUCGUCUAACACGCCUUAGAGUGGAGAAAUUAUUCCGUAACCUGUCUUACUCUCAAAUGGGCCCCUUUAUAAACCUUCCAAUGGAGAUGAAAAAAAAAAAAAAAGUGACGUCGUCGUCUGACACAUGUUGCGCAUACCAUUCGCCUCGUCCCCCUAUUAACUCUCAGAUAUCAAUGCGGUUGCUGUAUAUAGAUUUCAUUUGUACAUGGGAAAAUGUAUCUCUCUGCCAGCAGGCCUGCGGGGAUCCCCCAUAAAGUUCUUAUAUUUUCGCAGCUCGUAUUCAUGGCGUUUUAUAGAUACCGAGAGAGGGCAACACCUGAGAAGAGAGGGAUAUGUAAUGCCAUUCUGAAUAGAUGGUGCCGUGGCGAAACGCGUUCACCAGAACACUGUCCCGCGCGAAAGAGACACCUAUUUCACUCAGCUAACGCAUAUUUCUUCUCGAAAACAAACUGCCACGCUCUGUUUUUUCCUGGUAUAACAUUCCGGUGAACAUCUUUACAACAUUCCUUCGCGAAGCCAGCAAACACUGUUGGAGAAAAACAGACAUACUGCACGGACAUUUCAUGACUUAGGUCUUUCCUCAAAGCAAUUCCAAGCCAUGCGCAGCAUAACACGCUGCCAUAUGGCCUUUCUUUUUGCCUUGUGCUGCAAAUUACUUGGACUUGCGCUAUUUACAAACCCCGAGUCUCAAAACUGCGUAACUCAAGCCGGACCACCCCGGACGAGAAAGCGCAUACCCUCGAAACCCAUCAGUAGGAAACCAUCAGUACUUCGUCAAACGGCCGCUACGCGGAGCACCGGUCUGCAUUGGAAGAAGUGCGCAGACUAAAUUGUUUGGGUCCCUUUCGGGCCUCCCCCAAAACAGGGAAUUUUAUGUUUCUGCUACUCUAGUCCCUUUUUCUAGGGCAAGGGCAAUCCUCCUGCUCAAAAUAAACUGUUGGAAAAAGAAACAAAAAAGGAAGAAGAAGGUCCAAAUGCCGUGUCUGCUGCGUCUCGUCGCCACUGUUUACGUGAAGAAUCUCCAUCCCGAGCUUCACGCUGUUUAGUUUGUCUCGCGUGUUAAGGCUUUGCUGUCGUUUUCGGCCAAACAGAUGCCGUUUUCAUUUCCGCUUGCGGUUACAGUACGCGGUUACAGGAAUGCGCGUAUCUGAUUCGCCGUUCGCUCCGUUUGCGAAUCAACCAAUGGAAAAAAUGUACGCAGAAUUAUAGUGGAGGGUGAUGUUCGCCCUGCGUAUUAUUUUUUAUCUUAAUCUUUAUUUAAUCUUUAUUUAAUUUUUGAUGGCGCUUAAUUUAUAAUGGAUGGUGCAUAGGAAGAUCUUAUAACAGCGAAUACUUACUGUCGACGUCGAUUCGUUUCUGCAACGUUUCUGCGUUGCGAGAUAACUGUGUUAACACGAGGCAUGUCGUUGCACUCUUAAUAACACAUUGACAACAUAAUACCGAAAUCCUGAUUGAUAAAUUUAUCACAUCGAACCCGCGAAGUCACGGGGAUGCUCAUCGCCGCUAUUUUAUCUGUCAUCGCUGUUGUAUGGCUUUGCAUAUCUUAUUUUAUGUGAAAUAUCCAUCAUUUACGUGUACAUCUAAUGAGAUGUGUAGCGCAUUAAGAUGAAAAACGCAUUAUGUAAUGAAAAGGGAGAGAAUAUUAAAUAUACCAUUUGCGGAACUAACAACAAACAAAAAAGCACUCUGAGAUGAAACAUGAUGCAUGAAAAGAGAGAAAAAGAAAGGAAGAUAUUACAUUCACGACCGUGCCCUGUGCUUUCAAUGCGUGUGUUCCUCACUUUUCAGUGCAAAAAGUGAGAGGAGGAAAGAUCCAGAUCUGGUCACUAUGUUACCCGUGUGUUGAUGGCUAGCGAAUAUUUAUGCGAAACAUUCUUUCUUUCUUUCCUCAUUCAUAUAGAACGAAUUUGUUUUUCUGUAGCUUUAUUAUCACAGCCUCGAAAAUGUUUCUAAACCACUUGUGUUUCCUUUCGAUACUGUAUGAUCGUUUAUUUUAUUUAUUACGGCAUUACGAAUGCUUGUACAUAGGUUAUGUCUUUCCACUGUUCAACCCUACCCCCCACCCCCACCUGCACGAUAUCUAGUCUUCGUCGGACCAAAAAAGCAAAAACGGCAACAAUAAUCAAAAUAGCCACUAAAGAGUGAAGAGAGAGGAAAAAAAAGUGUGCAUUAGCAAAGCUCUUUAGUUUUCCCGAGUGUACUGCGGUGGUUUUAAGUAGAUAAGGAUUUUCAUUUCUGUAGCAUUUUUUUCUGUAUAUGUGUGCAUUAUCCAUAUCGUCCUGCCUUGUGUGUAGUGUGCUGCCCCUUUAUUUGCUUUUGGACAAAAUACUUUUGUCCUGGCUUGUACAGUUCUUAUUGUUUGGCGCAGUACCAGCAUGAUGUAUUAUUAUGAUUGAUGCUGGCAUGUCAGUUGUUGUGUGCAGUGUUACAGGACAUGUCACUUCAACUUUUUUUAUUACAUGCGUGAACAAAAGAGAACACACGUCACAAUCAAAAGAAAAGAUACGUUAUAGUUUUAUAAAAUAAACAAAGUAUGCAAAUAUUA